AGCCGCAGUAAAAACGAGUUAAUUGUGGGUGUAGGAAGGCGCGUGUCGCAAAUUAAUUUUCUGCUCGUUGUUAUUUCAGCCGACGUAUCUCACCCUGACGAGGCUUCAGCUUCACAUUGACUAUGCUCAGCUGGCGUACGAACUGGGUGGCAACAAGCCGUACGACCACGCGGACUGGAUCCAGAAACGCGUGAAAGUGGAAGACUACACUAAAGAUGCAGCCGAUCUUGUUACAAAAAUGACUGACCUACACCAAAGACUGAUGAUCACUUUGGAUGGAUUUCGGAUGUCAGAAUCGGAUGAUGAUUUGGAAUCCUACUCGAGGAUGAGCAACGAUUUAACAUCUCACGCGCAACAUGUUCUUCAGUCAGGCAGAAAUUUAGUCAGUUCGAUGAGCAGAGAAUCUACGAAGGACACUUUGGACACCUCGAUAAAAAUUUACGAGCUUAUCGAUUCCAUCGAAUUGAAACAGCUGGACAUCGAAAACUCCUGGUCAGAAAUGGAAAGAAAUUUGGACACAGCCAGGGUAAUCGGUGACCUCGAGAAGGGCGUGUCGCGUGUUACAGAUUGGAUCCUGGGACCAGCGGAUGCUAUGUUGAAUUCUUGUUGUCAAGUCGGAUUCGACGUCUCCUCCUCGGAGGAACUUCGUAGACGACACGAAGAACUCGAAUUAGAAUGCAGGAAACUUUAGAGUGCGAGUUGGUAAAGGAAGGUGAAAAAUUGUCAGACAUUUUGUCAAUGCCCGUGAAGGAUGCGCUAGGUCGAGACGUGCACGUUGACU